AGUAAUCGGCAAAACCGAGACGAGAGAAUUAAUUCCAAAUCAAACAUACGAAACAUGGAAAUAGUGGACGUGACACGAGUUUGCCGCUUGUGCAUGGGUGACCCCUGUACGCCGGCCACGGCCGGUAUCAAUCUGUUGAACUUUCCGGAUAUCAGAUUCCUCGUCAAGGAUCACUACUCGGUGGAGAUACUUCCUACCGAUAAAUGCACUACGUCUAUCUGCAUGGAGUGCUACACGACGCUACUGAAAAGAAAUGAGCUUCGAUUGAAGUACAAAAGCUACAAAAAGCGAUUUCGGAUGAAUCAGCUGAUACUUCGCGGUCAGAUUGAAGCGUUUGGCAAGGCAGCCGCCAAGCAGAAGCCGGCGUCCGUCUCGGAUGUCCCGGCGGGCGUAGCGACGGAAGACCCAACGGAAGUGACGAUGGUAGAAACACCGGAAACCGCAACGGCAGAAGUCACCCCGGCAGUAGUCGAAAAUGCGAAUGAAAGUUUGGAGGAACCAAUAACCGAGGAACAGUUUGAAGCACAGGUAGCUAAUGCUCAAGCUCAAGAAGCUGCACCGACGCCUGCUGUGGAAAGCGAACCGCAGGAGGAAGCGAGGGAAGACAGUGACACCGUAACGGAACGGAGUGACGAUACAAUUGAUGAGCACGUUGCCAGCGCUAGACUGGAUCUGCUACGUCCGGUGAUCGUGGAUUGUCUCAAAGAGCCCCUGUACCUAGAGGCCCUGAAACCCGUUUUCCUCUCGAAGGAUCCAGACCGUUCCUUAGAUUACCACUGCCCCAAAUGUUUUCAAAUAUUUACCAAAAAGAACUAUCUGUACAAACAUCGGAAAAGGAAUUCUUGUUCCCCCAGCUGCCAAUACUGUAAGGCAGUUAUCAACACCCCCAACCACCCCAAUCACGAUUGUCCAUCUUCUCGCCGUUUUGCGGCUAUUGCAGGACAGAUUUGGGCUAAAUCCCGAUAUCGCUCGGACGCUAGCGAUGCGCCGUCCACUGUUCGGGAGAGUGAUGCGGAAUCGGAAGCCUCAACCAUUGAUCUGCCAAUGUCGCUGAACGUGGAAACAACGCGAUAAAUAUAAUGGAUGCAAAUGUUCAAAUAUAGGAUUUUUAUUACAUCGCACCGAUCAUCGUCUUACAUUAA